ACGCGGGACGCGGAGCAGGCGCUGGGGGGGCGCCCGGGGCUCCGCAGACCUGAGCCCGAUGGCCCAGAAACCUCUCAGCACGGCCGCUGCCCAGCGCAUGAACCUCGUGGCGCAGGACGAGAUCUGGAAAUACCGCCUGAAGGCUGAAGGCGAAGCACGGCAAAACUGGGCUCAGAACUGGGGAUUUUUAACAACCCCUGUCGAGGAGCUGCUCAAGGGUGAAGAGGAACCCCCCACCUUAAAGCCCAAAAUCGAGCUUCCCCAGCGGUUCCGCAUCCGGCCAGUGACCCCAGUGGAGAAGUACAUCAAGGUCCUUGCGUCCCCUCCAGUCCCGAAGACGACCCAGGGCUUCAUCGGCUGGAGAUCCGGGGUGCCGAACCUGAACAAGUGUCUGGAGCACGAUUAUGAGAUCAGGAGCUGCAAGGGGGCAUAUGCCAAAGAGCUAGGCUGGCCGAAGCAAGGCAUCCACUGAGUCCAAGCAGAUCGCAGCCUCUGGGCAAGAGCGGGCCAACCACCAGGCACCUGGUGUCCAUGCCCAGGGACGGGAGUGCUCCCCAGCAGAUGCCGUUCCCCUCUACAUUUGCUCAGUGGAUGCUGCAAAACAUAUGAAAUAACACUUUAACUUUUUCAAUUCAUCGACCCUCCCUUCCAGAACAUUCUCAUCACGCACUCUUCCUUGGCUAAUGUACUGAAUAAGAUAAAAUAGAUGCAUGAUAAAUUUUUUUUGA